GUAACAUAACCUAAUAUUUAAGUUCCGAAAAAAUGUCUAGGCCUUCGUCGAAUUUACACGUGCAUCAAGACAAUUCCGUGGCAGAGAGACGACUAAGGCCAAUAUACGAUUGGCUAGAUAGUGGUAACAACAAAAAAGCUCUACAAGAAUGUGACAAAGUUUUGAAGAAAACUCCUAAUCUCCAUUGUGCCAAAGCCCUCAAGGCUUUUACUCUCCAUCGUAUGGGGAAGGAAGUUGAGAGCCAAAACAUUUUAGAUGCUUUAACAAAAGAGCAACCCACAGAUGAUGCUACUUUGCAGGCUAUGACUUUAUGUUACCGAGAGAAGCAAGAAUUGGAAAAAAUCUGCAAACUUUACGAAACCGCAGUGAAACUGGACCCAAGCAAUGAGGAACUUCAUACACACCUCUUCAUGUCUUAUGUGAGAAUCGGUGAUUUCAAAUCUCAACAGCAGAGCGCGAUGACUCUAUAUAAGAACAAACCAAAAAACCCGUACUAUUGUUGGGCUGUCAUGAGUAUAGUCUUACAGGCGACAAGAGGUUUGGGUGCGAAAGACCCAGUUAAACGUAUACUGCUUCUAAAUCUUGCCCAAAGGAUGUUCGACAAGUUAAUAAAAGAAAAUAAGAUUGAUGCAGAGCAGGAAGUCCAGUUGUACAUCAUGAUUCUCGAACUUCUGGAAAAAUUUGAGGAAAUUGUAGCGGUACUAGAUGGACCGCUUGGUUCACAUUUGCAAUGCAGUAAUAUCCCACAGAAUAGAUUGAAAUAUCUGAAAAAAUUGAAACGGUGGGAGGAAAUUAAUUUGUUGUGCAAAGGAGUCCUAGUAGAGCAUGUAGAUAGAUGGGAUAUUUGGAACGAAUAUUUAAAUUCAGUAUUUGAGUUAAUGUCUGUAGAAAAUAAAAUAAAUAAUCAUGAAAAUCACGAAGCUAAUGAGAAUGAUUUGGAAACCAUCGAUGAUACUCCUGAAAAAGCUCAUGAAUUUAUUUGUAGAGUAGUGGAAAAUGGCGUAGAUAAUGGUUUUUUGCUCAGAGGUCCCUACUUGGCACGUUUCGAACUGUGUAAGAGACUUUGCGAAAAAGAGCUCAACAGUACGGACCUUCUAGGGGACACAACCGAAUUGUUUAUCGAGUACUUUCGAAAAUUCGGACACAAACCAUGUUGCGUUUCAGACUUAAGGUCUUAUUUAAAUUUGUUGGAUGCCGAAAAAAAAACAGAACUGUCUUCCAGGUUGGUCAAGGAUGUGGGAAUAAGUUCGACCAGUGUUCCUCAGACCGACCAACAAAUGCAGCGCCACAUUUGUGCCCUUCAGUUGUCUCGACUUUGCGGGAGUCACAUAAAUCUGUCCUCCGACCACCUAAAAGCCUUAAUAACGGCACUCUCGCUUCAUUAUCAACACGGCUACCAGACAUACGGCAAAAACUUACUGUCGACAGAUUUGGGACCAUCGGAUCCGUAUGCAAUAAUGGCCGCUCACGUUUUGUAUGAUUUGGCCUUAAUCGAAAAGAAGUCGGAUUCUAUCAUUAUAGCAUUGAUCUUGCUCGAAAAUCUUCUAAAGAAUUCUCCCAGUAAUUUUCAUGCCAAAUUGCUUGCCCUGCGAUUGUACCAUACACUGGGUAGCGGUGUCACAGCCCACACAGUAUAUAAUAGUUUAGAAGUAAAGCAUUUACAGUUAGAUUCCUUAGGGUAUGUGCACUGUGCUCGAUUACCGACUACGGGGUUGUUCUCUUUGUGCACAAGCCUAUUUGAUAUCACUCUGAAGUUUUUCUCUUCGAAUUAUAAAGAUAGUUCAGAUCAUUUAACGUUUUCGUAUAAAUUCGGGUCCUUCUUAAAACUGGAUGAAUUCAUGGACUUCAGGGAAAGGUUGAACAACAGUUUGCAUUACACGACAGUCGCCGUCGAUAGGAUAAUAUUAAGUUUAGUGGAAUGUUCGACACUUGAAUCGUUGUAUAAUUUAGACAUAUCACCCAGAGAUAAUAAGAUUGAAUGGGAAUCUUUAAGAGACAAUCAUGAUCUUAGCGUAUAUAUUUGUUGGGAUCCGGAGAGGAUAAACAGCCCUCCCGAAGAGUGGAAAGAAGUGAGGGAGUUGUUUGAACAAGAUGUAAGAUUUUUAAAAUUAAGAACCUCAGUUUUAUGGGGUAUAUCAUCCGCCAUUGACAUAAUCAAAUCGUUGGACGGCACCCGUCAGAAACACCUAGAUAGCUUGAAAAGCACCCUCGGUGAAUGGAGAAGGUUACACGACCAAACGGUGUCCGACAAUUUCGUACCAAUUAAUCAAAAUAUAGUUACGUUGCCGCUACCCUCUAGACUGCACGGUGCGAUAGAAGCUCCGUACCUGUCCACAAUUAGUACCUUUUUUGAAUUUCUAAUUAGUCUUAGCAUAGAAGAUUUCGAGAGGAGUUCGACGUGUACCAAGGACAUAGAAGAAGAGCUCGGUCGCUUAGCCAAGUUCGUCAAGGAUAACACGUUGGGAAAAUCGAAUGAUUUUCAGGAUAAGCGGAAAUCGAUGGAGCUGGUAGUGAAUUGCGUGGAGAUCGUCAGUGUAUGUUCGUUGAUAUGCCUCCUUUGUAACGAACUAGUGAAACCGCCUCAAGGCAAAAAAGGUAGGAGGAGAUCGUCGGAUUCGGUGAAAAGUAAAGAGUUGUUAGGGAAAGUGGCGAGUAAAUUGAGAACCGAGACCAGUGCAAUUUGUGAUAUUUUACAAAAUUGGAUAGACUUGAACACGAUCGAGGACAUCAAAAGCAAAUUCGAGGCGUUGAAUUUGAAUUCAGGUCAGAACGUUUUUCAGAAUAUCCUCGAUAGUUAUAACGUCGCGAAUAAAGAGAUACAAAUCGUUCUUAAAAGUAAAAUGAAAUUGUUGAGCGGGUUGAUCGGCUGAGCAUAAAUUGUUUUUUGAAUUGUUUGUAUGUAUUGUAAUUAAAUAAUAUGGUUUUUAA